UCAACCCCAGAUGAACAAUGUAUAUUCUAAAUAAAUUGCGCAAUUUAUCCGGAUGGAGAAGUGGCACUAAACAAAUAUCAAUUGACGCAACGAUACCCUUAAUAUCUUUACCAGUCCUAACCUUAAUAGCCGCUCAAACAAUUUAUUUAACAAUCAUAGUAUUUGUUGUGACACCAAUAAUAAUCUACCAUCUGCAUCAUAAUUUUUUAAGGUUUUUACCUCGCUCAAAGUUCUUUCUCAUGUGGACAAUUACAAGUGUUGUAAUGCUGAUGAUUAUUUUUGAAUUGUGUGUUGUGCCAUUAUUAGAGAUUGUUGUUGAGGAGAAUUACGUAUUUAUGGCGGGAGUUGUUGGUGGAAUUUUUUGUGGAUUCAAGACAAAAGUCAAGUCGGAUUCUGCUGUGCAGACUGAUAAUUUGACACAUGAAUCAGAAGUGGUGAAAGCCAGUGAGGAAAUCUGUCUCAUGUGUAAAAAACCACCACCUGCCAGGACAUAUCACUGCAGGACCUGUCAAACUUGUGUUGCUGGCAGAGAAUAUCAUUGCAGAUGGCUGGACUGCUGCAUAGGCUCCAACAACCUUCGGUGGUACCUCGGCUGCUUGUUGUGCUCAUCAGUGGCCUUCAUUUAUGGAUCGAAUCUCACAAUGACGAGUGUCUGUCACCCAUUCGUCCUCAUCGGGACGAUUCUUCUGCCAGACGACUGCAGUGAUGUCUACCACCAGCUAGACCUCGCCGUGUGCCUCGUCUCAGGGAUCUACAGUCUGCUCGGAGGACUCGUUGUACUCGGGUAUUUAAUUUACCACGUCUACUUGAUAUUUCUACGUACAACAGCCCAGGAGAGACGCAUUAGUUCCAGCAAAAACGGAUGCUCUGGAUUAUUAUCCAGUUAUUUCGGAAACGAGAUGUGAAUUGUAGCACAAGAUAAUGUAAUGUACAGUGAUCAUCAGUCUAAUGUAUGACUACGUUUACGCUUAUAUUUUAUUCAUAGAGGCAGUCGAAUAUUUUUGUAUAUUGAUAGGUAUUUAUUCAUCGAUAAAUUCGGUCUCAACCCGAACAUUAACGCUUAUUCACUCACAUAUAAAUUCACUCGAGCCCUGGGGAAAGCUGAGGCGAUCUUAAACGUUUUUCUUAACAUUCAUAUCUUAGAAAAUAAUUUACUGCUCUGUGAGUUUUUUUUUAAUUUAUACGCAAUUGAAUAAAUUGAUUAGUUAAAUUUUGCCUCAGUUUUCCUCACAAUUUUACCUCUUACGACAUGAAAUUAGUAGGGUGCAGUGAAAAUUGGCUGUUUCCUUUUUUUAUUUU